AUGUCCUAUUUAUUGGAAAAAACCCAAACUUUGCAAAAGUACCUCGACUUGCCUCAACAAGGCAAGAUCAUCGCCGAGUACGUCUGGAUCGACGCCAGCGGCAACCUCAGAUCGAAGGGCAGAACCCUUUCCAAGAAGGUGACUGCGGUCUCGCAGCUUCCAGAGUGGAACUUCGACGGCUCGUCCACCGGCCAGGCGCCAGGCAACAACUCUGACGUCUACUUGAAGCCAGUCGCUUUCUACCCAGAUCCGUUCAGAAGAGGCGACAACAUCAUUGUCUUGACUGACUGCUGGAACAACGACGGCACUCCAAACAAGUUCAACCACAGACACGAGUGCGAGAAGUUGAUGACUGCACACGCCAAGGAGGAAGUCUGGUUCGGUUUGGAGCAAGAGUACACCCUCUUGGACCCAGUCGACGGCUACAUCUACGGCUGGCCUAAGGGCGGCUUCCCAGCUCCACAGGGCCCAUACUACUGUGGUGUCGGUGCCGCCAAGGUCUACGCCAGAGACGUCAUCGAGGCCCACUACAAGGCCUGCCUCUACUCGGGCAUCACCAUCUCCGGUAUCAACGCCGAGGUCAUGCCUUCCCAAUGGGAGUUCCAGGUCGGUCCUUGCGAGGGCAUCAAGAUGGGAGACGAGUUGUGGAUGGCCAGAUACUUGCUGGAAAGAGUCUCCGAAGAGUUCGGUGUCAAGGUCACCUUCCAUCCAAAGCCAUUGAAGGGUGACUGGAAUGGUGCUGGUUGUCAUACCAACGUCUCCACCCUUGCCAUGAGAAACCCAGGUGGUAUGAAGCAAAUCCAGGAGGCCAUUGAAAAGCUCUCCAAGAGACACAAGGAACACAUCGAGUUGUACGGUAAGGACAACGAACAGAGAUUGACCGGUAGACACGAGACCGCCUCCAUGGAGACCUUCUCCUCCGGCGUUGCUAACAGAGGCGCCUCCAUCAGAAUCCCAAGAUCCGUUCAAGCCGAGGGCUACGGUUACUUCGAGGACAGAAGACCAGCCUCCAACAUCGACCCUUACCUUGUCACCGGUAUCAUGGUCGAGACCGUCUGCGGCUCUGUCCCUGACGCCGACAUGUACAAGGAGUUCCAAAGAGAGUCUGCUUGA